CCCGUCAGGGCGGGAAUGGCGCCGCCCCGGCCCGGCCUGCACCGCGGCGCAGGCAUGGCGGCGCCCAGCGAGGGCCGUGCGGGCCGGGCUGCCGCAUCCUUCCCGGGCACCGGCAGCGGCUCCUUCCCCUUCUCCGUCCCGCACGACGCGGCGGGAGAGCCGGCCAAGAAGCCAUGCCGAGCCUGCACGGAUUUCAGGAGCUGGCUCCGCGAGCAGAGGAAGCAGGCGGCCCCGGGCAGCGCGGACGUGGCAGUGGCAGAGGAGAAGGAGCCCCGUCCGGACUGUCCCCUGGACAGCGAGCAGCUGGGCCGCAGCACCUGGGCUUUCCUGCACACCAUGGCUGCCUACUACCCCGACCGGCCCUCCAGGGCACAGCAGAAGGAGAUGAGGGACUUCAUCCACCUCUUCUCCAAGUUCUACCCCUGCGAGCACUGCGCAGAGGACCUGAGGGAAAGAUUACAGACAAACCAACCCGACACGAGCAGCAGGAGUAACUUCUCCCAGUGGCUGUGUCAGCUCCACAACGAAGUGAACAGGAAGCUGGGGAAGCUGGAAUUCGACUGCUCCCGUGUGGAUGAGCGCUGGAGGGAUGGCUGGAAGGACGGGAGCUGUGAUUAACCCGCAGGGAUUGCUCUGGGAAUCCAGCAGAGCAGUGCAGUACACGUGGACUUGCUGCAGGGACAGUGGGAGUCAAUAACUCUGUUUGUGUGGGACUGAUUCAGAGCUGAACCAAUGCCAAAAGGAGAAUUGAAAAUCCUAUCCCAAUGAUAUUUUGAUAAGUUAUGGUACCUGAGGGGUUGAGGCUGCCAGAAACCUCUGAGACUGGGUCACUGACAAACUCAUUUAAUUAUGACAUUUCCUGAUUUUGGGGGCUUUUGCUUAUCUUUGUGGCUAGAAUUCGUUUUCCCUGAACACAGUGGUGUUCUCUGCAGGCAUUGACUGAUGUUUUCGAAAAUGCAUCUGAUUAAUUGUCACUUUCUGUUCUGAUAGAGAAAACUCAUGCUGGGUUUUGUGCCAAGUCUGUACCCCUGGAUUGCUCUUUCCAGGAUCUCCAACAUUUGUUGUUACUCUUGCAUCCAGUUCCUUUGAUAAAAGUCGUGAGGGCAGGUACAUUUAAUUUAAACACUAAAAUAUGGAGCUCAGAUGUCUCAAUUUGGUUUUGUGUUUCAGCUUACCAUGUCAGAGGACAAAACAGAGUCAAAAUCAUUUCAAGUUCUUCACGUAGGUCGUGAUCUCAUCCCUUCCUGCACUCCUGGCAGGGAGAGGUUUGCACAAACCCUGACAACAACAGGGUUUUUUUCCCUUCCCUGCUUCCUGCUGAGGUUUUCUUACCUAUUUUAUUGUGCUUCCUUAUGUCAUGCCCUACAGCACACCUGUGAAUUUACCCUUGGGGAUUUUUGGCAAGUUUUGACUGGAAAGUUUAAUGGUACUGCUGUAAUUAGAGCAGCGGCACCUCUUAUCUGAGCCUUUGGUCCCCACAGCACUGUGUGGGACUCCUUAGUGGUUAGAAAACCAGCAACACCUUUGGAAACACAUUUUAACAUUUUGGGGCACACUCAAGUCCUUUCAAGUCGGGUCUGUUAAAUGAAUACGAGACUUUUAUGGACUAAUGAUUUCUGAACUUUUUACAUCGUUACAUUUCUAAACACAAACCCAAAUGAACCAUUAACCAGGUACUGUGUGAAGAGUGUGAUUGAAGGUGUCGUUCAGGCUACUAAAAGUGCUCAGAAAAUUUCCCUAUCAGCAUGUUGAGGUUCUUAGAACAAAUAAAUCCCAGCUCUUGGGUUUUGUCUUUUGGUAAUAACCUCAGCCCCCAAAACAAAGCCCAUUGGGAUCCCCUAGAGAGGAGAGGACCAACAAAAGGGCUGCAGCCCUCCCUUUUUGCAGGCAGGACCCUGCUGACUCAGUUCUGCCAGGAGCUGCUUUUAGCAGCUGGGGGUGUGGGCAGGCGUCUCCCUCUGGCUUUGGUUGUGCUAAAGCAGGAAUUUUGUGUUCUUCCGCUGUUCUCUGUGACAAUUUCCUCGCCCACGGAGCAAAUGAUAUUUCUCCCUCAUUUGUUGCAGUGUAAACGAGCAGGUUGGUGAAACAUCUGUCCCAUCCUUUGUCACCUUUGUGUACCAGGGGAGCAGGCUGGGGGCUUGCACUGCCCUGUGCCAGUGCUGGGGUGUGCUGGCCAGGCUCGGGGAGCAGCGGGGACAUCGGAGCCUCCCAGCACAGCUGUCCCCUCCCUGGCUGCACAGGGGGACAUGAGGCUGUAUCCAUCACAUUCUGUCAGGAAAAGCCUGUCCUGGCAGGGCUGGGGAAGAACCUUCAAGCCGAGUCUCUGUCUUUAGCAAAUCCUGCCUGAAAAUGAGGCCACCAGCUGUGGUCAGGAUGCUUUUAGGCCAGUUUCUAUCUUUACCAUGGGGCCAUUUGAUAAAAUGCUUGCACUUUGUUCUCUCAUGUUUUUGGCUUGGCAGAAGAGCUCUGGUGUAGUUCUCAUCCUCACCUCUGUGGGCUUGACCAUGUGACGAUUGGGGGGAUUUGUUCUGCUGUUCAUUUGUACCACAAGUUUUAGUCUCGGGUAAGGGAUUUCCACUGGAGGUCUUCAUGCUUGUGUACAGGAAAUUGUGAAUUCUCUAUUAACUGCACUUGAUUCAAUCUAGUUUUAAAAAUCUCUGUAUUCAAAUUAUAUUUCCUGUUGAUGUAAAAACAAUAAAGCAACUGAGUUUA